CGCGUCGCGUCGCGUUUCUCAUCUUGACACUCACAUUCGUCCCUCCAAAAACACUUCGUGAUCCGGCAGCCAUGAGUCAAUACAAUGAGUACGGCAAUAACAACCCCUAUUACCAGAACGGAGGCGCCGGUGGGGGAGGCGGAUACUUGGCAGGGAGUUCGCCGUUUGGUGGCACUGGUGGCAGCCCAGGCGGUCCUUUCAAGCCCCAUUCAGAAGCCGAAUGGAUGAUAGACAAUCAUGAGAUUGGGCAGGUCUCGGUCGUCGGACAUGUAGUGAGCAUCAACAGCCAGACGACGAAUUGCGUCUAUUGGCUAGAUGAUGGCACCGAGAGGAUAGAAGCGCGGCACUGGGUUGACAGCACAAGUGAAGACGAUACAGAGCGAUGGGGAGGCAUCACGGAGGCCAUGUAUAUUCAUGUCAUGGGCAGCCUGAAGUCGUUUGGGAACAAGCGCUACAUCAACGCAAAUCACAUUCGAAAAGUGACCGCCGUUCAUGAAAUUUUAUCUCAUGUCUCCUCUGCAAUGGUGGUGACCCUUACGCUCGAGAGAGGGCCGCCUCCGAGGCCAAGCGAGGCCGGAAGCAUUCACACAACGAAUGGCGGUGUCACGAACCAGCAUGCGGGUUCUUCAGCGUAUGUGCCACAAGCGCAAGGUGGUUUGUCAAGGGAAGAAUACGCACGCCUCUCACCGGUGCAACGCAAGAUCGUGGAGUUCAUGGUGGUCCAGCCGCCCAAGGAGGAGGGCAUCAAUGUUGGGGCUAUAGCAAGAGCUCUGAGUGAUGACGUCAAAGACGCAGCUAUCAUAAGCGAGGCAUUGGAUAAACUGAUGGACGAAGGAUUUGUCUACACUACGAUUGACGAGUCUCACUUCAGUCUGGCGAAUGUAUGAUUUUGGCCGCGCCUGCUGUACCUAUUAUUCGAUUCUCGCGCGUGUUGUUCCAAACAAUGGGCGGGCCGACGAGCCGGUGCAUGCCCAUACGCGCGACUACUUAGGCUCGGAUUUCGAUAGACUUUGUAUGGUCGCUCUCUGUGCCGGCUUAGAGCGUCAACACACAGCAAAGAAACCGUCUUACCUGCCUGA